UCCUUCAAGCCCUGCCCUCUGUCGGAAGCGGGCGUCACUCAAAGGCGCGAGGCUGAAGUCCGGGAGUCCGCUGUGAAGCGUGCAACCUUGAGCGCUAUGGCCGUCGCGUUACCCGCAGUCGUGGAGGAGCUCCUGAGCGAGAUGGCCGCAGCAGUGCAGGAAUGCGCGCGAAUUCCUGAUGACCAUCUUUUAUCGCUGAAGUUUGUCUUUGGUUCAUCAGCUGUCCAGGCCUUGGAUCUAGUUGAUCGACAGUCUAUUACUUUAAUUUCUUCACCCAGUGGAAGGCGAGUUUACCAGGUAGUUGGAAGUUCUGGUAAGACAUACACUUGUUUGGCUUCUUGUCAUUACUGCUCAUGUCCUGCAUUUGCCUUCUCAGUGCUACGGAAGAGCGACAGCCUACUGUGCAAGCACCUUUUGGCAGUUUAUAUUAGUCAGGUCAUGAGGACCUGUCAGCAACUAAGUGUUUCUGACAAGCAGCUGACUGAAAUAUUGAUGGAGAAGAAAUAAGCAGAAAUGUUUCCGAUGGUGCAUCAUUAUCUUUCAAAAUAGAAAUCUCAUGAAGAAAUACAUGUAAUAGGUCAUGAUUUACAAGGAAGAAAGAUGAAGAAGAUCUUCCAGAUACUUCUUGGUACUGUCUGUUACCUCUUCUAGACUGCUGGAGGGACGCUGGGUGGCAGCUGUGGACUGGGGAAGUCAUGCAUUUGAUUGGAAACUUUGUGCAUCCUUCUCAUGAAAAACCUAAACUAGCUUCUAAGCCUUUUGGGUGAAAAAUGUCUAAGUAGAAUCAAGUGUGGUUAGGUCAAAUAAAACCUAAUCCAUGUUGUAUACACAAUUAGAGUCUUAUGCAACUGAAUUACUAAUUUUUAAAAGGUUAUGACAACUGAUCAAACUGAAUAAGAGUAUAUUUAGAUGAAGAGAUGUUGGGUCUUUUCCUUGGGU